CGUUAAUUUGCUGGAUUUACAGACUAUAAAAAUCAUAAAUACAUCUUACUCUUGGUUUCUUCAUCAAUAACUGUUUCAGAUUCCAAAAUUCCACCACACUAAAUCAUGCCAAACGCUCGGAAUUCUUCGUCCCCCACUACCGCCGAAGAAAACCUAUUUUUGGAUAUAUUGAAUGAUGCUCCAUUAGCUGCACAUCGGAAGCCUACCAGGAUUUACGGGAGUAUAUUCUAUUGUUUCUUAUUGGCAAGUUAUGCCAUUGUAGGAAUAGGGGCCCCAUGGAUUUUUGAACCUCUCGAGGCCUGGAUCUCACCACUUCUUUGCAGCUGCAAUGUUAUUCUCUUAUUGAUCACAGGGAUCUUUCAACAAUAUCUAGUGUACCAAGUACAGAAGAUACGACUGCAGGGUUACUAUAUGCUUAGCCAAAGGUUGAAGCAUAUUGUUCGCCUACCGUUUGCCACAAUUUCAUAUGGCACUGCUGGCAUGCUGCUUUUAGUGGCCUGGGAACCCAAAAUCAGUUUUUUGUCUUCGUCUGCAACACUUAGGAUAGUAAUGCUAAUUGAAGUAGUUAUUGCUGGUUCUUUUAUGUCUGCCUACAUUGGUUAUGUUCACCAAUACAAUUCGUUGACUUCUCAGCCAGAUGUGUUGAAGUCAUUGUACUCUCCACUUCAAUCAUCAAGUUCUCUAGAAGGUUUGAGGUAUCAUGAUGGCAGGCUUUCUGAUCAGCAAAUGGCAUUGCUGCAGUAUCAGCGAGAAAACAUUCAUUUUCUAUGCGAGGAGAUUCUGCGGCUGCAAGAAUGUCUGAGCAAAUAUGAAAGAUCUAGUGAUGAGAGUACUUCUCAGGUUGACCUAGCCCAUCUUUUGGCAGCUCGUGACCAAGAACUUCGAACACUUUCUGCUGAGAUGGAUCAACUGCAAUCUGAACUACAACUUGCUCGAUCCCUAAUCUCCGAAAAAGAUGCUGAAAUUCAUCGUGUUCGCAAUACAAACAAUCAGUAUGUUGAAGAAAACGAGCGUUUGAGGGCUAUCCUAGGUGAAUGGAGUGCACGAGCAGCAAAGCUUGAACGCGUAUUGGAGAUCGAACGAAUGUCAAAUUUAGAUCUGCAAAAGCGAGUUGCCACACUUAGGAACCAGUUAGGUGAAUUUUCUCAACAAACACAACAGCAUUGAGUUUGAUGGCUACUUGUUUAGAUCUUUGUAAAUGGUUUGAUUAUUCAUAGGUACAGAUACAUGAACCAUCUUAAGUUUUCCCAGGAUUCACUCAAAUUGUACAGAUUAGUUGGCGGAAAGCAACAAAUUGUUCUUUACUAAAUAGUGAUAGUAUUCUUUUUCUUU